GAAGGCUUGAAGCUCAGGUGAGAAUGAUGCUGAGAACGAAGAGCUUUGCUUUUUCUGCAGAAGAAGGAGCAUUUGAGUGGUGGUGGAAUGAGAUUCAUUGUUCUUCACAUCAACGCCAGAGUCCGAUUUACUACGUUUUAUGUGCUUCUGAUGCCUUGGUCUCUGUCGCCGCUCUGGCAUUAGAGCAAGUGUUGAUGGAUAUUCCUGGGCUUCUGUUCUUCUCCACUUUUAUAUUACUUGUGCUGUUCUGGGCUGAGAUAUAUAACCAGGCAAGAAGUUUACCAUCAGAUAAACUUAGGCCAGCCUAUUAUAUCAUCAAUGGAAUUGUAUACUUCAUACAGAUCUGCCUCUGGAUUUAUAUGAGCAUAAGCAAAACUACAGCUGGAGCAGAAUCUGCUAAACUCUUCCUGGCAGUUAUUUCUUUCUGUGCUGCUCUGGGAUUCUUGAUAUAUGGAGGGAGGUUGUUUAUCCUGUUGCUGCGCUUCCCUUUCGAAUCCAGAGGCCGUAUAAAUAAGCUUUACGAGGUUGGCUCAGUGACAUGUAUUUGCUGCGCUUGUUUUCUGAUAAGAUGUGUUAUGCUUGCAUUCUCUGCAUUUGACAAGGAUAAAGAUCUCAAUGUCUUGGAACGUCCCAUUCUUAACCUUGUUUAUUACAUGUUGGUGGAGAUUAUUCCAUCUGGUUUGGUGCUCUUCAUUCUGCGGAAAGUGCCAUCUCGACAAGUAACAGAUCACUACCACUACCAACCUAUCAGAUGAAAAUCAAAUCUCUUCUUUUCUACCACUUGUUGUCUACAGAGUUACUAAUUUCCUAUUUCCUUUUGAGUAGCUUCCUGUGUAAAUUCUGCAGAUCAUAUUACAUAAUAAAAAGAGAGAAUGGGGGAAAAACCCAAACAAAUAA